GACCCUAGAGCCAUUCGAUUCUUCGACCGUCGGAAGAGAGAAGCCGCGAGGAGUGAAUUGAAAAUUUUUGAUCUACAUUGGAUCUCACCCAAAUCGCCCAUCUAUCCUCUUGAGAAGAGAUUGGUUUCAAACCAUGGUUCAAACAGAAGGAAUAUGUCAUGCGGAUGUCUCUUGCGUGAUCCAUAUCUUAGGGUGAGGCGUUGAUGAGCUUAUUGAACCAUCUGUGUGGCUGAUGAGAGCCCUCACAGACCAGGCACAACAAUGCACAGGCGCCAUUGAGCUAAUAGCUCAUCGUUGGAGGCCAUCUCUGAUGAUUAUAAGGACGUUAGGCGAGCAGCAAAACUGGAAGUUCAUGAACACUCAACAUUCUUCGUGAUCAGUGUCUUCAGUAGCUUCUGUUACGUAAUCAGUGCUUUUAGUGGCUUCUGUUAAACCAGGACUAUUAUACCACGCAUGGCGAGAAUGCAACUUUCAUUGCAAAGACCUAUUACCACACUACAACUGCUGUAUGCCAAAUAGGAAGUGGAUCUGAUGCCAUUUCUAGUCUUAGUGUGAGUAAGAACAUGUUUGAGACAGUGGCCCGAGACGUUCUUUUGGAGAGGGCUGAUCACACUCUAGAAUUGUAUGAGGGCACUGGAGCAAAUUGGAGACUUGUGAAGAGUGCAACCCCUGGAAAUUUAGGCAGUUUUGAAGAAAUUCUGUUUGCUAAUAACGAAAUGCAAGACUCUCCAGUGAUUGUGGCUCUUAUUGCAAAUUUCCGUGAAAAUGGAUGUGCUGUUGGCUUGAGUUAUGUUGACCUUACUAAGAGGGUGCUUGGAUUGGCAGAAUUUCCUGAUGAUAGCCACUUCACAAAUUUGGAGUCAGCUCUUGUUGCACUUGGUUGCAAAGAAAUCCUUUUGCCUGUAGAGGUUGCCAAAUCUAGUGAAUAUAGAUCACUAAAUGAUGCAUUGUCCAGGUGUGGUGCAAUGGUAACUGAAAGAAAGAAAGCUGAGUUUAAAGGAAGGGAUUUGGUACAAGAUCUUGGUAGGCUCGUGAAAGGGUCUAUGGAUCCAGUAAGAGAUCUCCUUGCUGCAUUUGAACUUGCACCUGCGGCUUUGGGGUGUAUAAUGAGUUAUGCAGACCUACUUGCAGAUGAGAGCAAUUAUGGUAACUACAAAAUCCAGAGAUACGAUCUUGCUAGGUACAUGAGACUGGAUUCUGCUGCCAUGAGGGCACUGAAUGUCAUGGAGAGCAAAGCUGAUGCUAACAAAAACUUCAGCUUAUUUGGUCUUUUGAAUAGAACCUGUACUGCAGGAAUGGGCAAGCGUUUACUGCACAUGUGGCUGAAACAACCUUUAUUGGAUGUAAAUGAAAUAAACUGUAGACUGGAUUUGGUACAAGCUUUUGUGGAGGAUGGGGCACUACGCCAAGAUCUAAGGCAGCAAUUGAAAAGGAUUUCAGAUAUGGAGCGACUGACGCGGUCACUCGAGAAGAAAAGAGCAAGUCUUGUGCAUGUUGUUAAGCUUUAUCAGUCAAGCAUCAGACUUUCCUUUAUCAAAAGCGCACUGGAGCAGUACAAUGGCCAAUUUGCUUCAUUGAUCAAGGAAAGAUAUUUGGAUCCUUUAGAAAACUGGACUGAUGAUAACCAUCUGAAUAAGUUCAUUGGUCUUGUGGAAGCUUCUGUAGACCUUGAACAACUUGAAAAUGGAGAGUACAUGAUUUCAUCAGGAUAUGAUUCACAGUUAUUGGCUCUCAAAAAUGAACAAGAGUCUCUGGAACAUCAGAUUCAUGAUUUGCACAGAAAAGCAGCUAAUGAUCUUGAUCUGGCUCUUGAUAAAGCUCUCAAAUUAGAAAAAGGGACACAACAUGGAUAUGCCUUUAGGAUUACGAAAAAGGAGGAGCCAAAAGUACGGAAGAAGCUGAAUACCCAAUUUAUUCUUAUUGAAACUCGCAAGGAUGGGGUAAAAUUCACAAACAUAAAGCUUAAGAAACUAAGUGAGCACUACCAGAAGGUAGUUGAAGAAUAUAAGAACUGCCAGAAAGAAUUGGUUGCUAGAGUGGUCCAAACUGCUGCAACUUUCUCCGAGGUGUUUGAAGGAGUAGCUUGGUCGCUCUCAGAAUUGGAUGUUUUACUUAGUUUUGCUGAUGUGGCUGCUAGCUCUCCAACUCCUUACACACGGCCACUCAUCACUCCAUUGGAUGAGGGAGAUAUUAUUUUGGAAGGGAGUCGGCAUCCUUGCGUUGAAGCUCAAGAUUGGGUGAACUUUAUCCCGAAUGAUUGUAAACUGGUUAGGGGGAAAAGUUGGUUCCAGAUUAUUACAGGACCAAACAUGGGGGGAAAAUCAACGUUCAUACGACAGGUUGGUGUGAACAUUCUGAUGGCACAAGUUGGUUCCUUCAUACCGUGCGAUAAUGCUAGUAUUUCUGUUCGUGAUUGCAUUUUUGCUCGUGUGGGUGCUGGUGACUGCCAGCUACGAGGAGUUUCUACUUUCAUGCAAGAGAUGCUUGAGACUGCAUCAAUCUUGAAAGGAGCAACUAAGAGGUCGCUAAUAAUAAUAGAUGAGCUAGGUCGUGGCACGUCAACGUAUGAUGGAUUUGGCUUAGCAUGGGCCAUUUGUGAGCACAUAGUUGAAGUGAUAGAAGCACCUACACUGUUCGCUACUCACUUUCAUGAGCUGACUGCAUUAGCUCAUGAAAAUGCUCAUGAGCAAUCUUCAAAGAAAUUUAUAGGUGUAGCGAAUUAUCAUGUGAGUGCACAUGUUGACUCGUCAACUCGCAAGCUUACCAUGCUUUACAAGGUUGAACCCGGAGCCUGCGAUCAAAGUUUUGGUAUACAUGUUGCUGAAUUUGCUAACUUUCCAGAAAAUGUUGUUGCCCUUGCCCGAGCAAAGGCUUCUGAGUUGGAAGAUUUUUCACCCAUCACAAUUGUGGCCCCUGAUGCCAAAGAGAUGGGUUCUAAAAGGAAGCGAAAUUGGGACCCUGAUGAUGUACAUAGGGGCACUGAACGAGCUCGCCAGUUCUUGAAGGACUUCUCUGAGUUGCCACUGGACAAGAUGGAUCUGAAGCAAGCGCUACAACACAUCAGCAAAUUGAAAGCUGACUUGGAGAAGGAUGCAGUUAGCUGUUCCUGGCUCCAGCAAUUCCUCUAGUAAAUAGUUAGAAUAGAAGCACCCUCCACAAUUUUGGUAUUCUAUUAAGCAGAUUAAACCAAGCCUUAUUUACUUCGCUCUGAGACGAGGUGAAGCACCCAGCUCCCUCCAGUCUUCUGCCUUCUGUCUAUGCACAGGUUUCUAAACAGGUUCUACCUGUAAAAGCAGAUCGUGUGGUACUUGCUUCUCUUUGGUGGACGAACAGUAGUUUCGGUAGGAUUUUGAACAGUAGUUAAACCUGUGUCAAUAGUCUAACUAUCCUCCACUUGUCGUAGUUUAUCGAACCAUUUAUGUUACUUGACAAAAGUAUUGCUGCUUUGCAUGCUCUGGCUCCUGUACAUAGGGCUGGAAUGCCACUGGUUAAAAUGUUUAUCAUACAUAUGUGCUUUAUCUUUGUACAUGACAUCCACGGUUGGAAUAAAAUUUCUGCCUGGAUCAA